GCACUCUGCACGGGGAUGAGGCCCGAGCUGAAAACCUCGCCACUUUUUUUUUCCCUGGGGAAAGGCAACUUGUGAGGGAAAUACACCGAAACGCAGCGGGUUUGGUGUCCCGGGGGGAAGCGGGGCUGUGCAGCUGGCAGGGCGCAGCCCCCGUGGAAGGCGCGCUCUCCUGCCCGGGCUGCAGACACGGCCGCUGUGCUCCUUUCACCCUUCCCUGGCACAGACAGAGCUGGGCUCGUCCUCCCACACCCACUCGAGCCCCAUCCCGGGGCUCCGGGCUCCCUUUCCCCCGGUUUGGGCUGCGAGCCCCUGCGACGGGAGCUGCCAGCUGGUGUCCCCGUCCCCAUCCCGCUGCUCUGCACCCCCUCCCCACCCCGGCAGCUCCCAUCCACCGUUUGCUCCGUGAUGCAAAGGUUGCCUGCGACCUUCUCGUCCCGAGAAACCUGCAGAGCCAGCAGCAAGGGCUCCCUUAUCGCUGGGAAAACACGGGCUGAUCCAGCGGGAUGGUCUGGCCGGCGUUCGGGCGGCUUCAGCGCAAGAUCCCUGGCCGGGAGACGCUCGGGGAGGGGCAGGGCAGCCUCGCAGCCCAGAGGGGGUUAAGGCUGCCCGCGGCCGGCGGUGUGGGGCAGGCGAAGGGGCGGCCAGCAGUCAGAUGACCGGCCCCCACGUCACCUCUCAGGAACGUCCGCGGACCUCCACGUUGUGUUUACACGGAGUGAGGUCCAAAAAGCCUACCCCUGCGGAUGCGCCUUAUCACCCACGCUCCUCUACCUCCCACCGGGCGUAUAUAAAGGGAGCCGCCGGCCGGCUCCCGGCGGGAGGGACACGGGAGGCCACUGGGAGCCAGGUGGUUUAACUUUGUCUGGCCAGAGGAACCAGGUGGCAUUUCACGGGCGCGUUGGUUGUGUGACUGGGGUCCCCAGGAGCGAGCACGCGGCACACUGGCCCGGCAGACCAUGCCUCUGAAGGCUGCGCUUCUCCUCACCCUCCUGGCCACCUUACCGGUGUCGCCGGCCGAGCUGGCACGGAGCGGCUUCUGGGAGUACCUGAGCCAGCUGACGAGCGACAAGGAGAGCCCGGAGCACGGCCAGAGCAGCAAGCUGGGCAGUGACAGCGUAAACCUGAAGGAAAGUACUCAGGAUGGGGUCAGCUACAUGGGAAACUUCCUGGAGAAGCUGGCGCCCCUCGACAGAGGCGUCCAGCCCCGGCUCUACCACGACUCGGACAGCCUGCGGAAACUCAUCAGGAAAGAGCUGGAGAGCCUGAGGGUGAAACUGUCCCCGUACGUGGACGAUGUCCACCACAAGGUUGGCAAGCACCUGGAAGAUCUUCGCUACCGGCUGCAGCCGUUCACGGAGGAGCUCCUGGACCAGGUGUCCCUGAAAGCCCGGGAGCUCCGGCGGCACCUUAUGCCCAGCCGGGAGGCGACGGCUCAGCUCUUGGAGGGUGCAGACGAGGUCCAGAGGUUCAUGGCUCAUUACGCCGACAAGAUCGCCUUCCACACCGACCAGGUGAAGGACAUUUUCCAGCCCUACGCGGACAGGCUGGUGACCGAGAUCCACCGCAACGUGGAGGAGCUGCACCGAAACGUCAUCCCUCACACCCAGGCCAGCCCGGAGAAGCUCAACCAGUACGUCCAGGAGCUCUCCACGAAGCUGACCCAGAACGCCAAGGACCUCCACCAGAAGAUCCAGAGGAACCUGGAGCAGCUGAAGGUGAAGCUGAGCCUCUACCCCGGCAGCCUCCGGCAGCCGCCAGCCCCCGCGGAGGAGCUGGCCCGGGAGGUGCAGCGGCGGGUGGAGGAGUUCCGCAGGGACACGUACCUCCAGAUCCAGGACUUCACCCGGACCCUCGACCUGGAGACGGAGGAGAUGAGGCUGAAGCUCUCCUCCUCCUCCUCCUCCCAGCCCUCCCACCCGGGCGACCCUCAGGAGGCCCCGCCCGCCCUGGAGGACCUGCACGCCCGCCUCGACGCCCUCUGGCGGGACCUGGCCCACAGCCUGAGCGAGCGGGGCGGCGAGGCGCGCUGAGGGGCCGGGGGGCGGCGGGGGGCGGCGGAGCCGGGGCCGGCCGGGUCGGGCUGAACCACAAUAAAGGCGCCGCCAUGGCGGACCCGGCCGGGCCGCGCCGCCUCCUCACGUGACCGCCCCUCCGCCCCACGUGACUGCCCCGCCUCACGUGACUGCCCCCGCCUCACGUGACGGCCCGGCGCGCAGGCGCGGCGGGGAGCGCUUCCGGCGGCGGCAACAUGUCGGCGCUGGGGGCCGUGGAGGCGGCGUCCGGGACUGGGGGGCCUUUGUUCCGGCCCCUCAGCGCCGAGGACGGCGAGCAGCGGCCGGCCGAGAUCGA